GCCAUUGCUUUCCUGUAACAACAUAAACUGCGCAGGUCCGAUCAAUUUUCCAACAGAACGAAAACGCGAAACUUGCUUCAACGACAACUAUUAUUGCUUUUCGCAUCGAGACGACGGUCGUGGUACCGAAUCAGUGAAAAUAAAUAACACACAUUUACUUGGAUAUCCCUUUUAAUAAUUCCGGAAUAAAAUAAUACAUAAUAAUGGGCGGUUUUCAACAAAGACCUUGGACACCUACGAAGAGACGUGGUCCAAUUGCUGCAGAAUUCAGUGGGCCUGGACCAGCUGCCGUGUCACUGCCAACAUAUAUAGGCAAGAAAACGUUUGAAUCAAAAUCGGGAAGAGCUCCCGCAUUCAGUUUUGGAGCCAGGCAUAAUGGAAAAGUGGAAAGAGUCGGUCCGGGACCCGGACAAUAUAAUGUUACAGGACUUAGCGCUAAAGGAAAAGAUACACCACCGGCUUUAAGUUUACAUAGUAGACCUAAAGAACAAAAAAUUGAUAAUUUUCCGGCUCCAGGCGAUUACGAUCCUGAUAAAGCUGAGAAAGCUAUUAAAGAUGCCGCUCCUAAAUAUACAUUUGGGUUAAAAACAAAUGUUGAAAAACCAGUUGAUACGCCAGGGCCUAACAGGUAUUUUUGCAAUAAGGUUAAGGAAAUAAAUGAUUCUCCAAGAUAUUCUUUUGGUAGACGAACUCCAAUAAAUAAUAAUUCAAACACUCCCGCUCCUAAUAGUUAUAACAUUAAUUUGAAGAGUAAUUCACCUCGAUAUUCCUUUGGGUUAAGGAUUAAUCAAAAGUUAACAACAACAAAAACACCCGGACCAAACGUUUAUCACAUUGAAAAUGCCGAUAAAGUUAUGCACAACGCACCACAACAUUCGUUCGGAGCUCGAGUUAAUUUAGAAAAACCUCUAGAUACACCUGCACCGAAUGUAUAUAACGUAGAUAAAGCGGAUAAAGUUUUACACGAAACCUCACCAAUGAUUACAUUUGGAUCGCGAUUAAAUUUAGCAAAACCAUUUGAUACACCUGCUCCGAAUGUAUACAAAGUGGAAAUAGCCGACAAAGUUUUACACGAACACUCACCAAUGCACACAUUCGGAUUGAGGACGAACACCGGAAAACCUCUCGAUACACCCGCUCCAAAUGUGUACAAGAUAGAGAAAGCGGAUAAAAUUCUUCACGAUUCAGCGCCAAAAAUCUCUUUUGGAGUAAAAACUAAUGUUGAAAAACCCAGUGAGACACCUGCACCAAACGUAUACAAGAUAGAUGUCUCAGAUAAAUUAUUACACGAACACUCACCAAUGCACAGCUUCGGAGCGAGAACCAACUUGGAAAAACCUUUUGAUACACCUGCACCGAACGUGUACAAUGUUAAUAAGGGGGACAAAAUCACGCACGACUCAUCACCAAAACACAGCUUUGGGAUAAGGGUUAAUACAGAAAAACCUUUAGAUACACCCGCCCCUAAUAUUUACGCUGUUGACAAGGCCGAUAAAUUAUUACACGAAGCGUUACCUCAAUACAGUUUUGGGUUAAAAACAGAAGGGGAAAAACCUUUAAAUACACCUGCUCCUAACGUUUAUAAUAUACCCCCGGUUGUUGGUGAUAAAAAGUCAACUCCUGCGUAUACAAUUUCUGGGAGACACAAGGAGCAAACUGAUGAUAGGAUAAAAGUGCCUGGUCCUGGAACUUAUAACAACGUCGAUCCUGAACAUUAUAAACAACAUUCCCCGGCUUAUACUAUAAGCGCCCGUUAUAAUUUGCCAUCGGAUUCAAGUAAAAAACCAGGACCUGGAGAAUAUUGCCCAGAAAAAGUUAUUUUAGAUUUGCCGCCAGCACAUACUUUUGGAAUAAAACACUCCCCGUUUUCUGAACAUUACUAAAUUUCAUAUAAAAGGGAUUAAAAUGGAAAAUUUGAAACGAUAAAAAUAUAAAUUACAACAAAAAAGUAAAAAUUAACCCAAAAAAAAAAUGGAAAUAAUAAUAAUAAUAAUAAACGAAACGACUCCAAAUUAAGGGAGAAUUAUCGAAUUAACAAACUCUUGCCUGGGUGCGAAUUAAUUUAGUUGCUUCAUUUUUUUGUAACGAAUAGCUUGUUUCAUUAAGUUUUCCAAAUUUUAACUUGUUCGAACUCGUUAAUUAGUUUAACUCGACGUUGCGUUCCUUUUUCUGCUCGUUCGCAUUUAACCGAUGCAGUCCUGUUUUAUUAUUUUUUUUUUUAUAAAGAAAAUACUCGAAAUUA